CUGCAGUCAUGACUUCGAAGCGUAUUUGUUAAUAAAGUUGUUUGGGGAAAAAGGCUAAUGACGUCAGCGGAAGUGAGGUGUGUGAUUCAGUUGCUAAGCUGCAGCCGAGCAGUAAACGGACCGUCGACAAGUUGCUGUCGCCGUCUCACCGGAUCAACUUUAAGCCGUCCGUCGGUGACCGACAGACCGAGGUGUUUGAUGCUCAGUGCAAACACUAAAUGAGGAGCUGAUGUCCAUCUCAUGAAUUAACCUCAGCCGGGGUCCAGUCAUCAAACACAGCAGCCAGUCUCCCAGUAUGACCAGUAUGGCUGCCUCCAGCACUACCAAGAUCGCAUGGCGCCUUCAGGAGUUCGAGGCUCACUCCAGCUCCAUUUCCUGUCUGGCUCUGGGGAAAAGCUCGGGCCGCCUGCUGGCCACAGGAGGAGAGGACUGCAGGGUCAACAUCUGGGCCGUCAGCAAGGCCAACUGCAUCAUGAGUCUGACUGGUCACAAGAACCCAGUGGAGUCUAUCCACUUCAACGUGUCGGAGGAGCAGGUCGUCGCCGGGUCGCAGUCAGGUUCAAUACGAGUCUGGGACCUGGAGGCUGCCAAGAUUUUAAGGACUCUGAUGGGACACAAAGCCAACAUCACCAGCCUGGGCUUCCAUCCCUUUGGAGACUUCCUGGCCUCCAGCUCCAUGGACACAAACAUUAAGCUGUGGGACGUGCGGAGGAAAGGAUACGUGUUCAGAUAUAAGGGUCACACUCAGGCUGUGAGGAGUUUGGCCUUCAGUCCUGAUGGGAAGUGGUUAGCUUCAGCGAGCGACGACUGCACCGUCAAGCUGUGGGACCUGGCUCAGGGGAAAACCAUCACGGAAUUCAAAUCUCACACCGCCGCCGUCAACAUCGUCCAGUUCCACCCCAACGAGUACCUGCUGGCCUCCGGAAGCUCCGACAGGACCAUCAAGCUGUGGGAUCUGGAAAAGUUUACGAUGAUCGGCUCGUUGGAGGGCGACACGACUCCGGUCAGGUGUAUAUGUUUUAGCCCAGAUGGCUCCUGCCUGUACAGCGGCGCCACGGACUCGCUGCGGGUCUUCGGCUGGGAACCGGACCGCUGCUUUGACGCGGUGCCGGUGAGCUGGGGAAAGGUGUCUGACCUCGCCAUCUGCAACCAGCAGCUGAUCGGCGUGUCUCAUCAGCUGUCGAGUGUGUCGUCCUACGUGGUCGAUCUGAAGAGGGUAAAGAAGAGCGGUGGCGCCGUGAUCCAGGGGAUCAUCCAGGACGACCAGCCGCUCACAGAGCCGAAGAAGGACCCCAAAGGAGCGGCACUGCGAAAGAACUACGAGAGACCCACGACCACCUGCAGAUCGCAGAGGUUGAAGCACCGUUCAGAGUCUGACAGGCGGAGCCCCGAAGGCGAGAGGCGGAGCCCUAGCGAGGACGAGGCGGACGAGAAGCUGUCGUCUGCUGAGAUCCACAACGCCGAGGACUACAAGGCCAUCUUCCAGCCAAAGAGCGCCAUCUCUCGCACUCCUCCUAAGAUGUCGGAGCCUUUUCCCGCUCCUCCAGAGGACGAGUCCAUUUUGGCGAUCAGCCGGCAGCUGAAGGACAUCAAGUCUCCUUUUCCUGAUAAACAGCAGGGUCCUCCGCUGGCUGCCUCCACUCCCGUGGUGAGGGUGGAGCCUACGGUCAUUUCCGCUGUGAAGCGUCCGUCCCCUCCAGCUGCGGGCACAGUGUCCUCCAGCCACCCCGCUCCCACCCAGCCCCCCGUCACCGCGGCCAAAUCCAAACCGCAGCUCAAAAUCAUCUCGAGCGCCCGGAACGAGCCCAUCGGGCUGAACGUGGCCGACUUCCUGCCCUCUUCACCCAACCACAGAUCUGGAGCCCUGAGUGACGAGGAGGCCCUGACCCAGAUGAAGAAGGGUCACGAGACCAUGUGCGUGAUGCUGAGCAGCCGACUGAAGAACCUGCAGACGGUCCGAGGGGUGUGGACCCGAGACGGCAUCAAGAUCGCUCUUGACACCGCCGUCUCCAUGAGUGAUCCGUCCAUAGUCGUGGACAUCCUGAACAUCAUCAACCCCCAGCCAUCUCUGUGGAAGCUGGACGUGUGCAUGACAGUCCUUCCUCAGCUCGACAAACUGCUGCAGAGCAAGUACGAGAGCUACAUACAGACCGGCUGCACGUCUCUGAAACUCGUCAUGAAGCACUUCUGGACGCUGAUCUCGGAUACUCUAAAGGCCACGCCGUCCGUCGGGGUCGACAUCACACGAGAGGAGCGACACCAGAAGUGCCGAGUGUGCUGCAAGCAGCUGAAGAACCUGAGCAACAUCGUGAAGAACAAGGCGACGCAGGUCGGUCGUCACGGCAGCACCUUCAAAGAGCUGCAGCUGCUCAUGGCGCCGCUCGACGACUCGCCCUGAGGGCGGCGCCGUGGAUCAGCUGACUCGCAAGAUCCCGCACUUUGGGUGUCCUUCUUUUGUCACGACUCUCUCCUGAGGCCUCCGUCACAGAAGAAGAAAUGUUUUAAUGUUGAAGACGUUAAGUGACACUCAGAGGAAGUCGAGAAAUUAAACCGCCGCUGCUAAACGAGCGGGUCGGGACUCGAAUCAGGGAGGAGUCUCGGUCUCGUAUGGAGGCGCUGACGGGAAUGUGCCUUCAGAGGUUUGGAUGUUUAAAAAGUGCUCACAGGUUUGCACCACACGAGCGAUUCAUGAAAGGCGGAGCAAAGAUCAGCAGACAGAGACAAACCGCUCUGAUGCGAACGUUUGAAUCUGCCACGUUUAAUCCCGUAAACCAGCGACGCAGAUUUAAAAACGCCAAAAACAAACUCCAGCUCGGACUCUGUGCACACGUUUUCACUUUUCUACUGCUCACUCUCUCCACUGUGUUCAUGUACAGCUCUGUUUAUUUAAAUAAAGACAAAAUGAAGUUAGAAAAAAGUCGACUUUGCUUUUGCGUGAAUAUCACUUCAGAGGAUCAGCCAGCAGGAAACGGCUCAUUUAAACCACUCUUCACAUUACUGUACUCUUCAGAGUGACUCGCAAGUGCACCAGAAGCUCUGUCUCAGAUUUCCUGCAGACCUCAAAUGCAACAUGCAUUUCUACAUCAGUUUAGAGCCAAGCGUGUGAAAGUCAUGUCGGGUGAUCUGCUCACAGAUUUAAGUCUGUAAAGAAUUAGACAUUUGCACAGGAAGCUUGUGGAAAGACAUGAUCGAGCAUUAUUUCUACAACAUAAGAUCACUUUGACUCUCAUAUUUGAAGAGCUUUUCUUGAGUGUACGGUCAGGUCAUGAGUGUUUGGGCAGUUUUUGUUCUUUUGCUUCUGUAGACUACUACAAUUUAUUUAAAAUAGUAAAAUAUGUGACUGAAAUACAGACAACAGCUUGGCACAGGGUUGAAAACUGCACACAGCCGAGUGUGACGUGUGGGCGGAGUCACCAGAUUUCCAGCAUCAUUGACUGGACAACCAAAAACGUUCUGUGAAAGCAACCCGAGACCCAGAAUAUUCAGCAGUCGAGUCGAUCAGCUGACCCCAAAUCAGCUGAUCGACUCACUCGUCUCACUUCCUGAACACAAACUGAGGGUUGGUGAUAGACCCAGUGCCAGCUAAAGCAAAGGAGGGAAGGUUAGCAUGGUUGAGUUCAGUUUUCUCUGGCUCUCUUCCAAUGAGAGGACUGCUGUGAUUUGGCGCUUUAUAAAUAAAAUUGAAUUGAAUUAUUAAAACAAGUCUGUAGGUUCCCGAUCAUUCAGGGUUUUCCCGUCUCACAUCUAAAAAACUUUUUCAAAUCUAGACGCUGAACGAUGGCGUCUCUAUAGAUAAAGCAGCUGACACUAGAGAUUAAACGCCUGGGUCUCUCCGUGUCCACCUGAAAUUAUUUCCAAGCGCCAGCGAUCAGCUACCAGAUUCCUCAAUCAAACCAGACUCGCACCUUAACCACAUGUCUACAAUGAGUCAUAUGAAAACUCUCAGGACCAGCUCCAAGGUAGGGGUCAAAUACGUGGGACUCCCCGUUAGCGGUUAGGAGUGAAAGUCUUUUGGGUGAGAGCUGAAACAUCCUGAAGCACCUCAAAGUUAAUUAAUCCAGUCGAGCCAAACUCUGUGACGGCCCUGGCAAAUCUACACAUCCUAAACAAAUCUCUGCACCUGCAAGCCGCUUUGCAGCCCACCUCCUCCUAUUCCGCCAGCCUGAGGAACUGAGCAGGUGUCAACAACAGGUGACAUCGAGUCGGAGCCAAUUACUGCAGGUAGAAAUGAUCAUUCACCUUUUGUCUAAAGCCUUCCUGACUGAUGCGAUCCUUAAAUGUGAUUUAAGCUGUGUGGGAACAUUGGAGGCAAAGACAGGAAAUGAGGUUUAAUCCACAAACUCAGUUUGUCCAGUUAUUUGAGUCUGAAAGUGGUGCUAGGGG